AUGGAUCAAGCUGCGCAAAUACUCGAAGUGGCGCAUCAUGUAUACGCUCGUGCAGAUGAUGCUGCAGAUCUGCAUGCCACUCGACCGCCCUCCUACAAAAUCAUCGGCAUCCUUCUCGCCGUCGGUUCCGGCUUCUUUAUCGGUACCUCCUUCGUAGUCAAGAAAAUGGGCUUGCUAAAAGCCAACGAGAAGUACAACGAGGUGGCCGGCGAGGGUUACGGAUACCUCAAGAACGCUUGGUGGUGGGCGGGCAUGAUCCUCAUGCUGAUAGGGGAGCUUUUGAACUUUGCCGCUUACAUGUUCGUGGAUGCCAUCUUGGUCACCCCUCUCGGCGCCCUCUCCGUCGUCGUCGCUACUGUCGGAUCCGCCAUAGUCCUCAAGGAACGCCUGAGUAUGAUCGGCAAGGUUUCUUGUUUUCUGUGCAUUGUCGGCUCCGUCGUCAUUGUCCUGAACGCACCACAAGAGUCCGCUGUCGCCAACAUUCAGCAGUUUCAGCAAUUCGUCGUCACGCCAGGCUUUCUGUCAUAUGCCGGUGUCAUUGUUCUGGGCGCAGUAAUUGCGGCCUGGUAUGCCGGCCCUAGAUGGGGAAAUAAGAACAUGUUGGUAUACAUCUCCAUCUGCAGUUGGAUUGGUGGUCUCAGUGUCGUCUCUACUCAAGGCUUGGGUUCGGCCAUCGUUGCUCAGGCUGGAGGUGAGGCACAAUUCAAGGGAUGGUUCAUCUACAUUGUUAUUGUCUUUUUCAUUGCCAGUCUUUUGACAGAGCUGAUUUACUUGAACAAAGCGCUAAACUUGUUCAAUGCCGCCAUGGUUACUCCAACCUAUUACGUGUACUUCACUAGCACGACCAUCAUUACUUCGGCCGUCCUGUUCAAGGGCUUCAAGGGCACCGCUGUCUCGAUCGUCACUGUGGUCUUCGGUUUCUUGACGAUCUGUUCUGGUGUCGUUCUACUCCAGCUAUCCAAAUCCGCCAAAGAUGUGCCCGAUGCCGCUGUCCUUUCUGGAGACCUGGACCAGAUUCGCACAGUCGCAGAGCAGGAACAGCCCGAAACCGAGCCAAAGGCCGACGCCCUCAGAGGUGCCGCUGCAAUUGUCAGACGUUUAUCGUCGGCCAAGCAGCAGAAGAUGGAGAUGGAAGAACUGAAGCGAUUACACGAAGAAAAGAUGAGGGAGGCGCUUGAGACAGUUGGCGAGGACGGUCCUGUGUACGAAUGGGAUGGGCUAAGGCGGAGAAAGACGAUAUUGGGAAGCAACUCGGCAAGUCAGCGAUCAAGAGCUACGACCUCGGCAACCUUCCAACUUCCGAUGCCGACACCACACCCGCCCCUCGGAUGGUCGCAUUUCCCGACCGAGGAAGAGCUUGCUGCAGCCGCUAGACCCGCUUCACCUGCCCUCUCUAGUAUUGUCGGCACUAUCCGCAACCGAGCGCGCAGCGUCCUCCUCCCUGGCCACCCGAACUUUCGCCCCACCUCAGCAUCCAACAAGGUGCAAAGUCCUAUGCACCCCGUUCAGCUGACCGAGAUCGCUGUACCGGCGCAAGACUUUGACGAGGAAACAGGGUAUUACCCUCCAGGAUCCGCUGCCGGGCCCUCCUCAAAGGGAUAUUUGUACGACAGACCAGGAAGCAGAGGUAGUAUCUCCAGUUCCGGGCGCCGAGUACAAUUUUCUACCGAUACCAACCACCCAUCUAGCAGCACGCUCGCCGCUCCUCUAGCUCCUCCUCCCCUACGAACACCAACGGGCGCCACCAGGCAGUUUUCCUUCCAGAGCGUCUUCAAGCGCGGCGAUCGACGCAGCCAGCACGCCCACACGCAAAGCGACGGCGCCAACUCGCACAAAUCCUCUCACUCCUCCGACAAGCAGGACAGAGAUAAUCUGACCACUCACCGCGGCCUCUCCACGCCACAGAUAAGACGGGGCGCAUCCGAGGAGGAGACGUUAGGGCUCGUCAGGGGCGACUCGCGCGACUUCCGGACCACGCCACGCACAUCGAAGCAUUAUGACGACGACGAUGGCGACGACGGGUCCGAAGAGUUUGAGGAGGUCGGGCGGUAUAUGGACGAGAAGCAAUCGCGGUAUGGCCCAAGCAUCACGCAUAGUCCGCCACGUGUCCCAGGAGCAACCGGAGUAGGAGGGGGCAGAGAGCAGCAAUAUCUCGGUGGGGAAGAGGAGGAUGUGGAAAAGGAGGAUACUAAGCAUAUGGAAAGUGGUGGGCAGGGUCAAUCACAGGGACAGGGACAGCAGCACAGGUCAUCAAGGAGCGACAUUAAUUCGUACCGGGAACGUUUGAGAAGAAUCAGGGAGCAUGAACGUCACAGCGACAACAACGGGGGUGGGUCGGGUCCGUCGUCACCUUCGAAGUCGAGUUCGAAUCGUGGAGACGGUGGAGGUUUCAUCUGAUCUGCUUUGACUCCGGUACGCGUUGAGUUAACCCCAACAAAGGACGAAGGGAAACAACUGCGGGUUGGGAUCGGC